GUCAGGAGCAGGCGCAAGAAAGAUGUCGCACUUCGGCAAAUCCGGUCCCCCGGAUAUCAAAGACACUUACUCCCUCCUCGUCCUCAACAUUGCUUUCCGCACCAUCGCAACGACCUCUUUCCUCUCUUCGACAGGUACGGCAAGGUCGUCGACGUCUUCAUCCCUCGGGACCGAAGGACUGGAGAAUCGAGGGGGUCUGCUUUUGUACGGUAUAAGUACCAAGAUGAAGCACAGAAGGCGGUGGACAAGCUCGAUUGUUAUUAUUAUUAUUUUUUUUCAUGACUCCUAAAUUAGUCCUUUAUUUUUUUUUUCCGAAUUUUGUUUGAUUUUACUGAUUGAGUUGGAUUUGAUUUUUCGUGCCUUUUGAGGGAGAGUUGUGGAUGGAAGAGAGAUUAUGGUUCAGUUUGCCUAGUAUGGGCCUAAUGCAGAACAAAUUCAGAGGGGGAGAAUAGUAGAAACAUCUUCAAAUGGAAGAGGAAGGUCAAGGAGCUGAAGUCCUUGUCGAAGUCACAGGGGAAGACUAGUAGAAACAUCUUCAAAGGGAAGGGGAAGGUCAAGGAGCCAAAGUCCUCAUCGAAGUUAUCACGAUGAAUAUAGGGAUAGGGAGAAUAGGAGGAGAAGUCGUAGUAGAAGAAGGGAUAAAUAUUAUUGUGACAGGUACCAGGGCAGGGAAAGGGAUGAUCAUCAUUGAAGCAUGAGCCGGAGCAUCAGUCCUGAUCACCAGUCAUCGUGGCAGGAAUGAUCAGCAGGGCCAGUCUAAUGGAAGCCCGAACUCUAGGAGCCAAUCUCCUUGCAGGACACAUCAUGGAUUUGAGAAUCCUGAUGAACACAAUGGUAACGAUGAUUCUCCUGGACCAAGAAGUGUUUCACCAUGUGGCUGGCGUGCCGAUUCUCAAAGCAUGUCUCCUCAUAGGUCCUAUAGUGAUGAAUGAUGGCUAAAUGCCAUGUCCUUAAAGCAUCACAUCCGAGUGAGUUGGACUUAACUGGUUCUGCAAUGCAGAAGAAAUAUUGAAGUAAUGCUUAUUAUCAGCAAAAUAUUGAGUUAUAGAGUUGGCUGCAAGUAGUGUUUAUUGAAUUUUAAGUUUCUUUGUUGAAGUUACUUUGCUAAAAAUGUAUGAGUUCUAAUCUUUAUCAGUUGAUAUUUUCUGAUUUAUGCUUGUUACUUGAGAAACAAAUUGCGUUGUUGAUGUAUUUUUGUGACAAGCUCGCAAGUAUUUAUUCAAGAUCUUUGCUCUGUACUCUUUUUUAGGCCCUUCAAUGAAUAAAUUUCAUCGUUUUAU